AUGAGCAUCGAGACCUGCAAGCUUGGCCCAUGUCCCGUCAUCAAGACCAGCGGCACCAAACUACCUCAACAACCCUUCAGAUGCUUCAAGUGCCAACAAAGACGCACUUCGGCUACAGCAGCACGACCAGUAUCCCGACUAUCCUCAUGCACAUCAUCAGUCAGUAGCACAGAGUCUGGAUUGAGCAGAUCGAGUACCGGAUCUGUCGAGCCUCCCACGAGUCCUUUGUUCCGCACAGCUACAGCUCCGUUGCCAGGUGUCGCUCUGCAGCCUGCUGGUACCGUUCAGUAUUGCCAGAACAUCGUCCGACCACGGUCACAGCCCUCCAAGUCCUUCUCGUUCACCUGCUCGUCCAACACACACGGUGCGCCCGACUUCUAUGGCAGUCUACCAGGAUUUCUUCCACAUCAAGAUCAUCCAUGCCCACCCUGCCAGCUGGAGAAUUUGAGAAUGGUAGGAGACACCGAAGCGAUCACUCUGGCCAAGUCUGAAUUUCCUCGCCUCCGAGGUGAAAUGUUAGUGCGCAAUGGCCGGGUACGAGAAAAUUGGGAGAGCAACCUGACAUUGGCCAAAUAUAUCGCAGAGAAACGUACAGAUGAGAAGCAAAUGUGGCACUGGGUCAUACGUAAAUGGACUCAGGAUCUGAAAAAGGUCAAGAUAUUGAUCGCCGAGGAAGACGGACUGGGCUUGUUGGCUUGA